AUGAGUUCCGCUUCCAAUUUUGAUAUUAUAAGCAAAUUGUAUCAUGAUGUUGUCCAACUGUACGUGCUCGAUGGACACACAUUAAACGAAGUGAAGGGGUUAGUUGAAAAACAAGAACCAAAUGUGAACAUGACGAUUGCACAAUGGAAAUCACACUUACGAGCAAUGAGAAUCCACAAGAACAACAGUAGUGCAGGCUCUGGUUUGGCACUAACCAUCAUGAAAGAGAUGGGAUACGGGUCUGAUCAAUGCAUGGUUCUUUCGAAUGGAAUACUCCUCGAUAUGCUCGAAGUGGAACGAUACCGCAAACGAAGGAAAUCGCUAGAAAGCUCGCCCGGACUUUGCUCUCCGUCGCAAGAUCUGAUAUUUGUUCCACUUUCAUUCAAAUUCAGCCAAAUAUCUGAUCUAGGCUACUUCAAGUCAUUUCGGCGAUUACUGUGGUUUACGAGCGUCCAUUUUGACACUUGUUUCGAUAGAGGCAUAUGGACAACGGAUGAACGAGGCGUCUAUUGUCGAAGCGAUGUGCUCAAGUCAGGCUUGUCAAAUCUCAGCAGACUGCAUAAUAUGAUAUGUGCAGCGUUAGAAUAUAUGAGAAGGGGGCAUUCAUCAGCUGGAUGGAUCAAAAUCCGGGCUGCUUUCGAACUACUCAAAGCUGUCGUACAGACCUAUCACCACAGACAGCUGCCAGAUCUAUUGGCGAUUGUGUUGAUCCUGCAUAGAGCCGACAGAUCUGAUCUUGUACGGGUGUUGAUGGAACAGCUGCAUGGCUUGGCUGAGAUCAUUCUGCAACGUAACGACCCAAGAAAAAAGGUGUUCCAGGAAAUCAGUCAACUGUCUAUGGACGCAGCUGGAGAUUUGUACGUCGCUUUUGAUGCUUGCUGUCGCCAACUGUGGAUGAAAAAGGCUGCGGGAGACGACAAGAUCAAGGCUUACUAUGGCUAUAAUCAAGCUAGCUUGCCUCGUACCACGUCUGGAGGGUUCUAUAGCCUAUACGACCGGAAAAGUGGUAGAGAAAUCAGAGAUAUUCUCCAACAAGUCGACCAGAAAUUUGAGCCUUUCGAACAUCCGAGAAUAUGUCUUUGGCAUACGGCUAUUCGAUAUCUCAUCCAGGAAAAAGAGCUUGACGAGGCGAAAGCUGUUUGCAACCAUUUAAUGGCUUCUAUGUUGCAUUGUCAAGAGCCGUCAGCACAGUCCCAGCAGCGUCAAUGGAACGUUGAUAUCUCUUUGACGUAUUACCUCCUCGGAUCCAUAAACGAAUACCAUAACUUACCUUCAGAAGCGGUACGAUGUUUCAGGUUCUGUGUUAUCGAGCGAAGUAAGGUAAUAGCAGAAGAGUCCUGGGAUCCAACGCUGUGUGCAGCUUUGAACAAAAUCCAAGACCUAGCACCCAGGACUAGUGAUUUUGAUCUCUUAGAUUAUUCCACGAGGUUGCUGGGAGCGAUCGAAUCUGCUUUAGCGAAGGAAGAUAUGAUGCGUUCAGAGCUCUGGCAUCUUCAAAAUGUGGCUAAUAAUUCUUAG